GGGCUGGCCCUGAGGAGAUGACGUCGUUCCGCUCACGCUGGAUCCUGGCGGCUCCAGGGCCCGGACCGUCGCCGCUGAGGCGCGGGGCCGGCUGUGAGCGAUAAAGCCCCGCCCUUCCCUCCCGUGGUGGGUCCCAGCGUCGCCGUGAAAGGUUUUGCAUCUUGAUGCCGGGGUUCUUGUUUGCAGAAUCGAAGAAUGAACUUCGCAAACACUCAAGGAACCAGGGCUUUUUGGAGAAGUGAUCGAUUCUGCAUCUGGAAGAGAGAAAGAAUAAAGUGAGCCUGGGAAAGCUGGCUGGGUCCAAAAGCAAGAAAGUGUUCAAUAGCGGAUGGAAUCCAAUCAGAAGAAAACAACUGUGCUGUGAAAAGGAAGUCAUUGCUAUUACUGUGAACAUUUGAACCAUCAUUAAGGAAAAUUUCUGUAAUGUGGAACACACUGAUUCAAUUAAAAACCCACAGCUUCAUAAUAAUAAUCUAAAAAGAAAAUGCCAAAAAUAACAUUUAUCAGCAUGCAGGGUAGUUUUUAAAACAACUGAUUACUUCAGAAAUUGUUAAAGAAGCAUAUAUCCUGUCUUUGAAAUGGGAUCAGUAUUAGAGUGUAACCACACAAGUUCCACUUUAUAAGAGAAAGAUUUCUUCUAUAGAAAUAUCCCAGUUAAUGGAUAUAGAAUGAAUGUCAGAAUAAGAAAAAGAGGGUUUUUUCUUUUUUUAAUAAAAUAAUGACCUAAGGAAUAUUUGAUAAAUAAAUAAAAAUAGAAUUUAAUGCUGUCAAACAAAAAUAAUGACCUAAGGGGAAAAAAAAUCUGUCUUAAAUCAGCCGCUUCAUCACGAGUAACAUCGCACAGAUUAUAACCUAGCCACCGUCCUCUAAGGGUCCGAAAUGCACGCAGGGAGCACCGUCAUAGUCGCUUCCUGGACUCUGAAUUACAUUUCCCAGAAGUCUGCGAGGCGCGGCUCCGUUAGGAUCGUGUAGCGUUGCCUGCUGGGGGAAGUGAGUCGUCGCAAAGUCAGCGCAGCUGAUUCCCAGACUCCGGACCACAUUUCCCAGAAGCCUCUGAGGCACGACCGCGGGAGGAGCACGCUGGGAGGUGCUUCCCGCGCGGUUUCUUCAGGCUCUGGUUUCUGCCCGGCGCCAUCCCGAGCGAGCCUCAGCCCUUCUGCCCCCUUCCGACCCCCUGUGGGUCGCUGUUCCCCGAGCGGCAAGGGAUACAGGUGAACCUCAGCCAGGCAGACGAACGCCAAGUCGAGUGCAACAGCACGGCCAGCACGGGGCUUCCAGUGCCUCGCCCCAUGGAGUCAGGACCUACCAGUGUAUGACGCUCUGUCUGGAUUUCAUUGUUUGGUGACGGAAAACCCAGAGGACUGACCAAUUCUUCACUCCAAAACUAUGGCCCACGGUUUGGUGACGUUCUCUGACGUAGCCAUAGACUUCUCCCAGGAGGAAUGGGCUUGUCUGAACUCGGCACAGAGGGACCUGUACUGGGACGUGAUGCUGGAGAACUAUAGCAACCUGGUCGCCCUGGAUUUGGAGUCACCGUAUGAGACCAGGAGAUUGCCUGCAGAAAAGAGCAUCUAUUCAAAAAGAUUUCCCAAGAGGGACUCCAGAGGAAUAAGCAAGUCCCUCGGCUCUGAUUGGACACGUGAAGGUGAGUUUGAAGGACGACAGGGCCCUCAGGAGGGAAUAUUCAACCAAAUGACUGUCAACUCCGGGAAAACACCCCCUUAUAGAGAAAACACCCCUGUUAGACCACAGCAGAAGCUUCUUAACAGGGAGAACUCCCAUGCAUGUAAGGAAUGCGGCAAGGCCUUCAGCCGGGGCUACCAGCUCUCUCAGCACCAGAAGAUUCACACGGGCGAGAAGCCCUAUGUGUGCAAAGAGUGCAAGAAGGCCUUCCUGCAUGGCAAACAUUUCGCCCAGCACCAGAAGAUCCACACGGGCGAGAAGCCGUACACAUGCAACUACUGCGGGAGGGCCUUCCGGUGGCGCUCGAACCUAGUCCUUCACAAGCGGAUCCACACGGGUGAGAAGCCCUACACGUGCAAGGACUGCGGGAAGGCCUUCCGGCGCGGCAACCAGCUCACCCAGCACCAGAGGUUCCACGCCGGGGAGUACUACGGGUGUAAGGACUGCGGGAAGACCUUCGUCUUCGGCUCAACCCUCGUGCUGCACAAGAGGAUCCACACCGGCGAGAAGCCCUACGAGUGCCGGGAGUGCGGGAAGGCCUUCCGGUGGGGCUCGAGCCUGGUCGUUCACAAACGGGUCCACACGGACGAGAAGCCCUACAUGUGCAAGGACUGCGGGAAGGCCUUCCGGUGGGGCUCGAGCCUGGUCGUUCACAAACGGAUCCACACGGGCGAGAAGCCCUAUAAAUGUGCAGAGUGAGGGAAGGCCUUUAACUGUGGCUACCACCUCACCCAGCACGAGAGAAUUCACACGGGCGAAACGCCUUACAGAUGCAAGCAAUAUGGGAAGGCCUUUAUUUACGGGCCAAGCCUCGUCAAACACGAGCGGAUUCAUACAGGGGAGAAGCCCUAUGAAUGUAAAGAGUGUGGGAAGGCCCUCAGCCACGGCCAUCAGCUACAGCAUCAGAAAAUCCAUACAGGGGAGAAACCUUAUGAGCAUACAGAGUGUGGGCAGGCAUGUAGCCGUGCAGACCAUCUUAGAGAACGUCAGGCAGUUCACGCUGUCGAGAACCCUUCUGAGUACAAAGGAGGUGCCCAGGCCUCUGCAGCUCUCACCCCUCCCAUGUGAUGAGGGAGAUUCCUGACACCGUUUCACGGAAGAAGGCCUCAUGUGUCUCCUGCGUGUAGAAUAUCGGUCAUGUUAGAGUUCAGUUUGGAGGAUGGAGAGAUCAGUUUUUCUCACUGGUCACAACAUACAAAGUGUGGAUUUUUUUUAACUGGAUAGGUUCCUUUGAUGAAUGCAUUUGCUGUCAGAUUCAUUCUAGGGAAUGGCCCUGCUCAUGUAACAUACGUGGGAAAGCCUUUUGCUGUGGCCUGUCCCCUGCCUGCCAGCAUCCCCUUCCCACCGGUCAGCUGUCUGCAGGACACCAGGAAGGUCACCUGUCAUCACCCUGUGCAUUAUUUGUGAUGUGGGGAUGGUCGUACCUGCCUGGUACUGCUGUUGUGUGUGGUUACAUGUGGUAUGUAUAAACUCCUGGAAAAGUGUAUCUGGGAUGUUAUGUGAGCUCAAUAAAUAGUAGCCGUUGCGCUUAUCAUUGUGACCAUGAAUUGUUACAGGAAGACCCCCUGUGGGUAGAAAAGACUAUUGGACUUCUGGAGGAAACGUAGGAGGUUAUUGUCACAACCUUGGGGCGGGCAGUGUUUUUCAGUACACUGAAGACACAAAAUGUAGGCUGGAUUUCAUCAAAAGUACAAAGUUCUGUUCCUUGACACCACGAAGGUGGUGAAAAAGCAGAAGAUGGAGAGAUGGCAUUUCCUGGACAUAGACCUGACAGCUCAGAAAAUACAGAGCACCCACCCAACAAAGGGCUCAGAAAACAGAGACUCCCUCCAGUCAGUAGUAACGCCCAUUAAAGAGGGCAGGGGCCUGGACGACACACGUGGCCAGUGAGUGCUGAUCUGUGCAGCCCAUUUCUCAAGGAAGUGUGGCCACCCCACCAUGUGAUGUCACUGGACAGUCACCAAAAUGGCUGAAUUAAAAUUGCAUGUGAACUGGC